CAUUUUGCACCCCAAAACCCACCACCAGGUGCACAACCGGAAUCAACAUCUGCCAGAACCGUCAACCCAAACUUGGGCAGCGAGACAGAAGUUGGACGACGACGAACGUUACUUAUUUGAUACCCCCCAAAACUCUGCUAGCCACGGCAUACUUUCUCUUCGCUUUGCCUUCUGCCCGCGCCUUGGACGUCGACGUCGCAAUCGGUAAAGCUAAUCAUCCAAUAAAUCGAACCCCUCCAUACUGCGCAGGAACGUCUCGAGUGACGAAAAACCGCAAUCAUGGCGACCACAGUUGACAAGAUCAAAGACAUCGAGGCCGAAAUGGCCAAGACCCAAAAGAACAAGGCCACGUCCUUCCAUUUGGGUCAACUGAAAGCCAAGCUCGCCAAGCUCAAGCGUGAGCUCCUGACGCCCUCGGGUGGUGGUGGCGGCGGCGGUGCCGGCUUCGACGUUGCGCGUACGGGUGUCGCGAGUAUCGGCUUCAUCGGCUUCCCUUCCGUUGGAAAGAGUACCCUAAUGAGCAAGUUGACGGGCCAGCACUCCGAGGCCGCGGCGUACGAGUUCACGACGUUGACGUCCGUUCCGGGUCAGGUCACUUACAAUGGUGCGCCGCUGCAAAUCAUUGAUUUGCCGGGUAUCAUUGAAGGAGCCAAGGACGGCCGCGGUCGUGGUCGCCAGGUCAUCGCCGUCGCAAAGACGUGCCAUCUCAUCUUCAUCGUUCUCGACGUCAACAAGCCCCUGACGGACAAGCGCGUCAUCGAGACGGAACUCGAAGGCUUCGGUAUCCGCAUCAACAAGUCGCCACCGAACAUCACCUUCAAGAAGAAGGAAAAGGGCGGUCUCAACAUCACGAGCACCGUGCCCCUCACCCACAUUGACCACGACGAGAUCAAGGCCGUCAUGAACGAGUACCGCAUCAACUCGGCCGACAUCGCCAUCCGCUGCGACGCCACCGUUGACGACCUCAUUGACGUCCUCGAGGCGAGGAGCAGAAACUACAUCCCCGUCAUCUACGUUCUCAACAAGAUUGACGCUAUCAGUAUCGAGGAGCUCGACUUGCUCUACCGUAUCCCCAACGCCGUGCCGAUCAGUUCGGAGCAGGGCUGGAACAUUGAUGAGCUGAUGGAGGCAAUGUGGGAUAAGCUCAAGCUGGUUCGCGUUUAUACGAAGCCAAAGGGCAAACUGCCAGAUUACUCUCAGCCCGUCGUGCUCCGUUCAAACAGGUGCACGGUCGAAGACUUCUGUAACCAAAUUCACAGGAGUAUUCUCGAACAGUUCAAGACCGCCAUUGUAUACGGCAAGUCCGUAAAGCAUCAGCCUCAGCGCGUCGGUCUAUCUCACGAGCUAGCCGACGAGGAUAUCGUCACAAUCGUCAAGCGCUGACGAACGCGGCGACGAGCUAAAACUCGGCGGCGCAUGGCGGCCGUUUGUCGUCAUGCUUCUCCCCAC